AUGAUAUUUGAAAUCAGCAGGUCAAAAUCAAUCAGAAAUGAUUUAUAUAAAUUCUGGUAUAGAAAAAAUUUUUCAAAAUGUGUUGACCAGUGUUAUUUUACAUGUUUCAGAUGGCCUGUCAUUCAACAAGAGACACUGCUUUCAUUCGACCCAAAACUGAUGAAUCUGCCUUUGAAAAACGUCAGAAUUGGUGGUUACCUACAAUCAUAUUGCUAUUUCGCACAAAUUAUAGACGAAAUAAGACAGGAAUUUACCUUCCAGGACCAAGUUUCUGCUGCUGCUGCCAAGAUUCUCCAUGACGUUUAUAUAAAGUAUAACUCUUCAAUGGUUGUUGGAGUUCAUGCUCGACGUGGCGACUUUCUUGAGAAAUCUUGGCAAGAUUUAGGUUUCAGAAUUCCCCAGAAGUCCUAUUUCAUGAAAGCUUUUAGCUUGAUGAAAUCAAAGUUCCCAGGAAGAAAGAUUGUAUUUAUAGUUGCCAGUAAUGAUUAUAAGUGGUGUCGUGAGAAUCUGGUGAGUGAUGAUGUUAUUCUUAUGCAACCUGAGACACCUGCUGUCCAUUUAGCCGUCUUAUCCAGGUGUGAACACGUUAUAAUGUCGUGCGGUACUUUUGGAUGGUGGGCUGCAUGGCUGGCUAAUGGUCAAGUUAUUUACUACACAAAUUUCUUUGGAAAUGGUUCCCUACAACAAAAAGUGAAAGUAAAUCAGUACUACCCGCCAUUAUGGAUAGGGCUCGAUGACUGA